AUGGAGCCCAAAGAUACCGCAGAAGAGAUGGAUUUAGACUCUAAUUAUUAGAAUUAAACCGCAAAUAAUUUGAAUGAAUAAAAACUUACUCAAAAUCAAGAUUAGACUUCUAAUAAAAUAAAUGGUGAUGUGAAUUCUUAAGUAAAUGAAACUCAUAUCCGGAAUAACAACAAUUAAUAGCCCAAGAAUGAAGGGAAAGCUUUCAUUUCAGAUUCAAAUGAGAAUCUCCUCAAGUUAUAAGCUUAGAAAAUAGAAGAGACGAAAUUUAAGGCAGAAUUUGAAAGCUAAUAAUAAAAUUAGAAAAACUAAGUAUAGAGGUAGAAUAAAGAUAGCUCAAGUUCACCAAGUAGCACAAGCUCAGAAGAUGAUAAGAAGAAAAAAACUUAAAAUCAAUCUAAUUCAUCAUCUUCAUCACCAAGAUAAUAAAAUGUAGAAUCUGAAAUAAUCUAGACAUAUUCUUAAAAAAACUAAGCAUUUAAGGACAGUGAUGAGGCGAAUUUAAGAUUAUAGAGUGCUGAUUAAAAGGAGAUUUAUGGUGAGAAAUAGGAUUUUAAGCAGACAUAGGUUACAGAAAAAAAUUCUAAAUUGAUACCAGAUGAAUCUUAAAUUAAAAAAGGCACUUCUGGCCAAUCAAAUUCAAAGUAAUCUAAUGAAAAUGAGGAAGAAAAAAUUGAGAAAAAGGAGAAAUACAACGACUCAGAUUCUGAUAAGAGUGAUGAGGAUUAAGAUGAUAAUGAUGAUGAUGAUGAAAGAACCCACACCGAAUCUAGUUUUGUUGUUGAAGUUUCACCUAAAGGCAGGUUUUAAAGAUAUGGAGAGGAACUUGGAAGAGGUGCUUAUAAAAUAGUCUAUAAAGGCAUAGAUAACGAGACUGGAAGGGAAAUUGCUUGGAAUGUAAUCAAUUUCAAGAGAAUGCCUAAACAAGACAGAGUAAGGAUAAAAUCAGAGAUAGAUUUAAUUAAAAUCUUACAGCACAAAAACAUUAUACACUUCAUUUCAGCAUGGGUCAAUAAGUAAAAAGAAAAAGUUAUAUUUAUCACUGAGAUGAUUACUGGAGGUAGCUUAAGAUAAUUUGUUAAGAAAAUAAAAAGACCCAGAUUAAGGGUAAUCAAAGGUUGGUGCUCGUAAAUUCUUUAAGGACUUGUUUAUCUGCACGAGUAAAAGCCUCAUCCGAUUAUUCAUAGAGAUUUGAAAUGUGAUAAUGUCUUUAUUAACUCACAUUCUGGUGAGAUAAGAAUUGGUGAUUUAGGACUUUCAACACCAAUGUAGAAUUCUUAUACAACAUCCGUUUUAGGAACCCCAGAAUUCAUGGCUCCAGAAUUAUAUGAGGAAUGUUAUGGGACUAGUGUUGAUAUCUAUGCCUUUGGUAUGUGCAUGCUUGAGAUGAUAACUUUGGAGAGACCUUAUAAGGAAUGCUAGAAUCCAGCUUAGAUUUACAAUAAAGUCAUUCAAGGUAUUAGGCCUUAAGCACUUGAAAGAAUCGAAGAUGAGGAGAUAAAAGAAUUCAUACUUUAAUGCCUUACUAGAGCUGAUUAAAGACCAGAAGCCAAAGAUCUUUUAGAAUCAAAGUUUAUGAAAGAUUUAGAGAGUGAAAAGAAUAAUAAAGAGGUCAAAGUAAAGCCCCCAACCAAAAUAAAAGGGAUCAAAAGAAAGAAGUCACUUGAGUAUUUGAAAAUGCAAGGUAGAACUAUAUUUGAAGUAGAGGAAGAAGAUUCUGAGGAAGACAAUGAGUAAAAGAAAUCGUAGGUUAUUAAGGGUAGUGAACCUUCUACACCAGCUGUAAGUUAAAAACUAGAAAAGUAAUCUUCUGAAACUGGUACUACCAACAAGGAUAAUUAAUAAUCAUACAUAAAAACUGAAAUAUCAGAGAAAUAAACUGAGUAAUUAAAAGAAUAAAUUCCUUAAACCUAAGAAGUAAAAACCCUCGAUGAAAAAAAAGAAAAUUAUGAGAUAAUGGAAGAAGGUUAAUCAGAGUCUAUAAUUGAUAAAAAGAAAAGAAAAAGUGGUCUUAAGAAAUAAAAAUUGAAUGAGUCUGUCACAUUCUUGAAUAAGAUUGAUAAAUAGAAAUAGAAGAAAAUGCAAGAAAGAAGUAAGAUCCAGAAUUUGGGAGAUAACAAUGAACAGGACCAGAGUUAAUUUUAGUCAUAAAACAUAGAUAACGAUAAUGAUUCUGAGAAGGAAGAUGUUAAGGUCCAAGAAAACAUGCUUGAUGAGCUACUCUAAUAGGAUAGAGAACUUGAGAAAUAGAAAUUUGAGCAAGAAUAAGAGAAACUUAAAUAAUAACAAGAAUUAGAGAAACUUAAAUAAUAGUAAGAAUAAGAGAAACUUAAAUAAUUGCAAAAGCAAUAAAAAUAAUAACUCUAGUAAAUAUAGGAGUUAUAGUUGUAGCAAGAAUAAGAUGCUUAAUAACAACUAAAGCUUCAAUAAUAGACAUAGUCCUUAAUCCAAGCAAAGCAGCAAAUUAAUUAAUAGUAGCAAUAGACUCCUAUAAUAUAAAAAGAUUAGUAGCAAUAAUAAUGGUAGUAAUAACAGCAAUAUAGUUAGUCUCAACAAUAGCAGCAUCAUUAGCAUCUAUCUCAUUAACAACAGCAAUAAUAGAUAAGCUAAUAAUAGCCUUAGCAUUAAUAAAUUUAAUAGCUCCAUUCAUAAACUAAUCCUUUAGCUCAAAUUAAUCAUAAUUAACUGAGUCAAGCUCUUAAUUAAAUUCAGUAAAAGUAAGGAUAUUUAUCUGAGAAUGCUUAAGUUUAGACAUUGCCAUAAUAAUUGCUGGCCCAUCAAGAUUCUUCAAAUUAACCUAAGAAAUUGAACCAAGCUGGUAUCUCUGCAUCUAGUUAAAAUUUGGCAUUUUUAGCUACUUAAUAACAAGUCAAUCCAAUUUCAACAGUUGAGGUUAAAAAAGAGAAGAAAGAGGCUAGCACUCUUGGCAUUAGUAAGAAAUAGUUUAAGGAAGAUGCUGGAGCUUAAACUUAAUAAAAGCAAGUAGCAGGAUCAACCACUCAUACUUUAAGAUCAUAAACUAGUAUGGUUAGUGGCAAUCAAUUAAGCAAUAAAGAUGACAAUAGAGUUUCCAAUCUUUAACCCUAAGAUUUAAAGCAAAUUAAUAUUAAUAGUAAUGUAGGAUUUGUGAAUGAUGACUCAAAGAAAGUCACUCCUAAUCCCCAAUCAACUUCACAAGCAAUGGGAAUUCAAAAUGUAAAUUCUCUUUAACAAGAUAAUAAACUGAAGUAACAACAUCUUUAGUAUUAUCAUUAAAGUUCAGAUUCUCAUCUUUCAUCUAGUAAAUCUUCUUUUGCUACAAAUCAAGCUACAAAAGCAUCAUAGCAAAAACUCACUCAUGUUAAUUCCCAUAUUGUUGAAAGUACUUAAAAUCAAGAAUCACUGUUUGACAAGUAAUCGUCUAGUGAAGAUAAUUCAGAUAAAAAUCAUGAUUCUGAGGUAGAGGGAAUUUAACUACCAAGAAGCUAAAUGGAUGACAUAUCAUCAUAGAACACCAAAGGAUAUCCAAAAACUCCAUAUGGCGAUUCUCAUCCAUAAUUCGGCAGAUAGUCAACAGAAGGUCUAAAUCCUAAUCAAAUCAAGAAAGCAAGUACCAACAAAAACAUCGAUUAUAAAAAUUCUGUUACUUAGCAAGUUUAUCAGACUUUUACAACUUAACCUUAAAAUUCCCACAAAUAGCAACAAAAUGCUAAUCUUUAAUAUAAUCAUCACAAGACUUAGCCAGUAAUUCAAGAUCACGAUCGAUAGAAGCAAUAAUAAAAUACUGGUCAUCAUUAAGUUGAAUCAAAAAUUUAAUAAUAAUCAAUUGAUCAAAAAAGAAAAGAACCACAUCAGUAGAUAAGUUAGUAGUAAUUAUAAUAAAAAAUAUCACCGGGGCAAGCCAGUUAAACUACAUAAGGUCAGAGACCUGUUUAGUAAAGUUAGCAAUAUUAACAAAGUUAAUAAUCUUCUCAAUAACAAUAAGUAAGUUAACAGCCCCUAGUUUACCUUUUGCAAUCAAAAUAAUUAGAAGAAAAACCAUAUACUUUUCAAAUAACAUUCAAGGUAAGAUCAUAAGAUGGUACAUAGGAUUAAGAAGUCUUAUUCGAAUUUGAUAAUAGAUAAGAUACAGCCAAAGGUGUUGCUGAGGAGAUGGUAAGAGAACUUGAUUUACCUUAAAGUUAAAUUCUUGUUAUUGAGAAUGUGAUUCAAUCAAUUGUAUCUAAAAAGGAUUAGACUGUAUUAAACUAUUAGAUAGAAAAUAAGUAAUAGGUUAUUCCUAAAGUAGAGAUACAGUCUUUAUUGACUUAGCAAACAUUAAAGAAAGAAAGUCCGUAAAAGAUUAGCAAAGAUCAAGCCCAAAUUUAGUUCAGUAAACUAUUUGAAAGUGUCGACUCAUUUUUUUAAUAUAUGCAAGGGAGAAACAUUGCAUCAAUUAAUGAGAUAAUAGAGGCAAUGGGUGGAUAAUAAGAAGAAAUGUAGUUGAAAUCUGAAUUCUUGAAUUAAAUCCUAUCAGCAAAGAAACAAUACAAAAGGGGAAUGGAGGAAUUGAAGAAGAAAUAUGAGGCGAAAAAGAAGUAAUAGUCUAGUGCUUAGUUAAGUGAUGCUUAAAAUAUGUAGAAGUCAUCUCAAGAUUUAAAAUCACAACCAAUUAAAUAGACAAUAUCUCAUCCUAAUCCAAGUUCUUAGCAGUAAUUGUCAAGUGGAUAAUAUUCCCAAAUUCAAAACUAGUAAUCAAAUAAUAAGAAGUCUCAAAACAAUGAUUUUGAAUAUAAAAAAAUACCCUCACAAGUUUACAUAAGUUCUCAUGAUGAUGAAAGGAAGCAUGUGUCUCAAUAAAGCUAGUAAAAGCUUAGCUUUUCAAUUCCAAAUUAUGUCAGGAAAGAGUUUAAAGUUGCUCCUGAUAGAAUAUUAAUUCCACAAAAAUUGUCAUAAAAUCUAAAAAAAGUGAAAGAUGAAUAUUAAAAUACUGUUGAUGAAGAAGUUUAAAGUCUUUAGCAUAUGCUCAAUCUAAUCUAUGAGGUAUCAGUCCUCUAAAUGAAGUAGAAUAAAGACUAAGAAUCUUAAAACACCGUUCAAAAUUACUUACCUCUAAGAAUUGAUGGCAUAUUUGGAGAUAAAACAGAAUCAUAAGUAAUUAAAUUCUAGAAGCAUGUGAAGGUGGCUGAAGAUGGUGUGGUAAAUGAUGUACUCUGGGCCAAUUUAAUUACUUUUGUUGACCAUAUUGUUAAGGAAGAUUAGAAAAAGCAGGCUUAGAUUCAACAAUUAUAGUUGUAGAAGCAAUUAGAAUAGCAGUAGCAGUAGUAACAGCAAUAAUAAUAAUUGCAGUAGUAAAAAGAAGUCAAGUAAACGCAGGCAAUUACAAAUAUAAGCUCUCAAGUUUAGCUAAUUAAUCUCAAUCAAGCAUCAAAGAUAGUGAAAACAUAAUAAAACCCUUCUCUGAGUUAGUUCAGUCAACAAAAUAACAACAACAACAAUGCAUCCGUUAAGAAUUUGAAUUAAAAUGCAUUAUAAUAGGCAAUGAUUUCACCAAAAACUUAGAAGAGUAAGAAUUAGUUUAAUUAGGAAAGCGAUAAUCGUACUUUUAUCGAGCACAACUUUAAUUAGCAAAAUUAGUAUAACUAAGAUAGGAAUUAGAACUACGAUGAGUACAGAAUUUAGCAGAAUUAAGAAAAUUCUGAAAAUGAAGAUGAUCAGUGA